GUCACGCUCCUACGUACUUCCGGUUGGGAGCGAGCGUCGAGGGUAGAGAGAACUUCUUUCGCACGGCAGGGAAUGUUGUCAAGGCGCGUGCGUGUUGUACGGGAUGAAUGUCGGGUUUUCGGGCGUGAGUUUUUUAAGACGGCCGGAAGUGUCCAGAGAGACCUGAGCGGAGCGUUCGAUUCCUCACUCCCGGCGGGCGCUAUGGAGCCGGGCGCUUGAGGGCGGAGCGGCUGCCUUUUACCCCAGACAUGUCAGCCGGUCAUCUCGAUGCAGGUACAGUCUACUCUGCAGUAUAAAGGCAUUAUGUACUCAGAGUGGAGGUCUCUACACCUUGUAAUUCAAAAUGAUAAAGGUCACACCAGUGUACUUCACAGUUAUCCUGAAAAUGUGGGAAGGGAGGUGGCAAAUGCUGUUGUCCGUCCUCUUGGCCAAAUUUUGAAUUUGUCAUCAACAGCUGGAAAUGAAAGUUUACUAAAAACUGACAAAGAAGUAAAAUGGACAAUGGAGGUGGUUUGCUAUGGGCUGACUCUCCCUUUGGAUGGUGAGACAGUGAAAUACUGUGUUGACGUAUAUACAGAUUGGAUUAUGGCUCUCGUUAUACCUAAAGAUACAAUUCCUCCACCUGUUAUUAAAGAACCAAAUCUUUACGUUCAGAGCAUUCUCAAGCACUUACAGAACCUCUUUGUACCUAGGCAGGACCAAGGUUCCAGUCAGAUUAAAUUGUGUUUGCAAGUUUUGAAAGCUGUACAGAAAUUGGCUCAUGAAUCAACCAUUAUGGCUAGAGAAACAUGGGAAGUUUUAUUAUUGUUUCUACUGCAGAUUAAUGAUACUCUACUGGCACCUCCAACAGUACAAGGUGGUAUUGCUGAAAAUCUGGCUGAAAAACUGAUUGGUGUAUUGUUUGAAGUCUGGUUGCUAGCCUGUUCUAGGUGUUUUCCGACACCACCUUAUUGGAAAACUGCCAAAGAGAUGGUAGCAAAUUGGAGGCAUCAUUCUGCAGUGGUAGAGCAGUGGAGUAAAGUCAUCUGUGCACUCACUGCUAGAUUGUUGCGUUUUACAUAUGGACCUUCAUUUCCACCUUUUAAAAUUCCUGAUGAAGAUGCAAACUUGAUACCUCCUGAAAUGGAUAACGAAUGUGUUGCCCAGACUUGGUUUCGCUUUUUACAUAUGCUGAGCAAUCCUGUGGAUUUGAGUAAUCCAGCGAUAAUAAGCUCUACUCCCAAAUUUCAGGAACAGUUCCUAAAUGUGAGUGGAAUGGCUCAGGAAUUGAAUCAGUAUCCCUGCCUUAAACAUCUGCCUCAAAUAUUCUUUCGUGCUAUGCGUGGGAUUAGUUGCUUAGUGGACGCAUUUCUAGGAGUUGCUGCAUUUACAACCAGUGGGUGCGAAAGAUUACCCAGAUAUGGUAUUUCAAGGCCCCGUGCUGAUAGUGCUCCACCUACACCAGUAAAUAGAUUGAGCAUGCCCCAAACUGCAGCUGUUAAUACAACCCCACCUCAUAAUCGAAGACAUCGUGCUGUAACUGUGAAUAAACCAACAAUGAAAAACAGCACAGCUAACACUGCUCAUGCUUCCAAACACCAGCCAUCUUCUACUUCUCCGCUGUCUAGCCCAAACCAGACUAGUUCUGAACCUCGACCAUUACCUGCUCCUCACAGGCCAAAAGUUAACAGUAUCUUGAACCUCUUUGGAUCAUGGCUGUUUGAUGCAGCCUUUGUUCAUUGUAAGCUUCAUAAUGGAAUAAACAGGGACAGCAGUAUGACUGCAUCUUUUAUCCAAAUUCUUCUUUCUUAUAAAUCUUCUAUAGCAACACAAGCAAAUAUGGAGUUUCGCAGGAAAGGUUCACAAAUGUCUGCAGAGACUGUGGCUUCCAAUCCUAUGUUUGAUGCAGGGGAAUUUUCUGACAACUAUGAAUCUGGCAGAGCAGAGGCAUGUGGAACACUCUGUAGAAUAUUUUGUAGCAAGAAAACCGGAGAAGAUAUACUGCCAGCCUACUUAUCUCGGUUUUACAUGCUUUUAAUUCAGGGACUGCAGAUAGCUGAUUCUGUUUGCCACCCAGUUUUGGCUAGUGUCAUCUUAAACUCCCCUGCCUUGUUCUGCUGUGACCUGAAGGGGAUUGAUGUCUUGGUUCCUUACUUCAUUUCAGCACUUGAAACUAUCUUACCUGACAGGGAGCUCUCAAAAUUUAAAACAUACGUGAAUCCCACAGAACUAAGAAGGGCCUCUAUCAAUAUUUUACUGUCCUUGUUGCCUCUUCCUCAUCAUUUUGGAACAAUCAAAUCAGAGAUUGUUCUGGAAGGAAAAUUCAGCAAUGAUGAAAGUUCUUCCUAUGAUAAACCAGUCACCUUUCUUUCUUUGAAACUGAGACUUGUGAACAUAUUGAUUGGAGCCCUGCAGACAGAAACAGACCCCAACAACACACAGAUGAUACUAGGUGCGAUGCUGAACAUUGUGCAAGAUUCAGCACUUUUAGAAGCCAUUGGUUGCCAAAUGGAAACGAAUGGUGGUGAGAAUCUCGUCCUGAAAAGUCACAGUCGCACUAACAGUGGGAUUAGCACAGCAAGUGGAGGAAGCACAGAGCCAACAACUCCUGACAGUGAGAGACCCGCACAAGCUCUGCUGAGAGAUUAUGCUCUUCAUACAGAUACUGCAGCUGGACUCCUGAUCCGCAGCAUUCAUUUGGUAACACAGAGGCUCAACGCACAGUGGAGACAGGAAAUGAGCAUUUCACUAGCUGCAUUAGAGCUACUCUCUGGCCUGGCAAAGAUGAAGGUUGGUGUUGACUCUUCUGAUAGGAAGAGAGCAAUUAGCUCUGUGUGCUGCUACAUUGUGUAUCAGUGUAGUCGUCCAGCUCCUCUCCAUUCUAGAGAUCUCCAUUCCAUGAUAGUAGCAGCGUUUCAGUGUCUCUGUGUCUGGCUCACCGAACAUCCAGACAUCCUUGAUGAAAAGGAUUGUUUAAAAGAAGUAUUGGAGAUUGUGGAACUGGGCAUCUCAGGAAGUAAAUCCAGAAGUAGUGAACAAGAAGUUAAGUACAAAGGAGAUAAAGAGCCAAAUCCUGCUUCCAUGAGAGUGAAGGAUGCAGCUGAAGCUACCCUCACCUGCAUCAUGCAAGUUCUUGGAGCUUUCCCUUCACCCAGUGGUCCUGCUUCUCCUUGUAGCUUGGUAAAUGAGAUCACCUUAAUUAAAUAUGCUCGUCUGCCUUCUAUAAACAAGUACAGCUUCCGCUACUUUGUCCUGGAUAACAGCGUCAUCCUUGCAAUGUUAGAGCAGCCUUUGGGGAAUGAACAAAAUGACUUUUUUCCUUCAGUCACCAUUCUAAUUCGUGGGAUGUCUGGAAGACAUGCGUGGGCACAACAACUUUGCCUUUUGCCAAGAGGAGCCAAAUCAAAUCAAAAGCUGUUUGUCCCAGACCCCCGUCCUGCACCUAAAAAUGAUGUUGGAUUAAAAUACAGUGUGAAGCAUCGGCCAUUUCCUGAGGAAGUGGACAAAAUUCCGUUCGUGAAAGCAGACCUGAGCAUUCCAGACUUGCAUGAGAUAGUUACUGAGGAACUGGAAGAACGUCAUGAGAAGCUGAGAAGUGGAAUGGAUCAGCAAGUUCUUUAUGAGAAAUCUAUAGAUCAGAAAAUGGAAGAAGAAUGGAGGAAGAAAAACUUCCCUGAUCCAGUCACAGAUUGUAAACCACCACCUCCUGCACGGGAGUUCCAAACAGCCCGCCUCUUCCUUUCUCACUUUGGCUUUCUAUCUCUAGAAGCAUUGAAGGAACCUGUUAAUAGCAGACUACCUCCUCACCUGAUUGCACUUGAUUCUUCUGUGCCCGGGUUUUUUGAUGAUAUUGGUUACCUGGACUUGCUGCCAUGUCGUCCUUUUGAUACUGUUUUCAUUUUCUACAUGAAGGCAGGCCAAAAAUCAAGCCAAGAAAUUUUGAAGAACGUAGAGUCUUCCAGAAAUGUUCAACCACACUUUCUAGAGUUCUUGCUAUCUCUUGGAUGGUCUGUUGAUGUGGGCAAGCACCCUGGAUGGACAGGACAUGUUUCAACUAGCUGGUCCAUUAAUAGCUUUUGCGAUGAGGAGGGAUCAGAGCAAGAUGAAGUAAUCUGUUCAGAAGACAUGGGAGCAAGUAUUUUUAACGGGCAAAGAAAAGCAUUAUAUUACGCAGAUGCUCUUACAGAAAUAGCUUUUGUUGUUCCUUCGCCGGUGGAGUCCUUAACAGAUUCAUUGGAAAGCAAUGUCUCAGACCAAGAAAGUGAUUCUAAUAUGGAUCUCCUGCCUGGGAUACUAAAGCAGCAAGCACUGACACUUGAGCUUUUUCCUAAUCAUACAGACAAUCUCAGUACUUCUCAGAGGCUAAGUCCAACUUCCAAAUCAAAGAAGUUUCCACAAGGUCGGGCUAUUCCCCCCAUGGGACCUGAAACCAAGGUGUACGUGGUUUGGGUUGAACGCUAUGAUGAUAUAGAGAAUUUCCCUCUCUCUGACUUGGUUUCAGAGACUAGCACUGGAGUAGAAACUACAACAAAUAGCAGCACUUCGCUGAGGUCUGCUACUCCUGAAAAAGAAGUGCCAGUGAUUUUCAUCCAUCCCCUCAACACUGGAUUAUUCAGGGUAAAAGUACAAGGAGCUACUGGAAAAUUCAACAUGGUUAUCCCUCUAGUGGAUGGCAUGAUAGUUAGCAGAAGAGCUCUAGGGUUCUUAGUGAGACAGACAGUAAUAAAUAUUUGUCGAAGAAAAAGAUUGGAAAGUGACUCAUACAAUCCCCCUCAUGUCCGACGAAAACAGAAAAUAGCUGAUAUUGUCAAUAAAUACAGGAACAAACAGCUGGAACCAGAGUUUUAUACCUCUCUUUUUCAAGAGGUUGGACUGAAAAACUGUAAUCCUUAAACCCAGGACCCUUUUUGAACAAUUAAAUUGCAGCUUGGUAUCUGCAACAAUGAAAUAAAAUCUUCCCAUUCAUGGACCUCUUGUGUAAACAAACCACAUUCUCAGCAUGACUUCUGCUUCUACUGCAAGAAAAUAAAGAGGACUUGCUUUUGGCUCCAGUUCUGCAGUCCUUCUGAGCACAUCGCCACACCUCCAAUGCUACAGAGGGAGAAGCUUUGAUAAUGAAGUAUUAUUUAUUAAUAGACAAUAUAUCGGAUGUAUAGCAAACAGAAGGUUAACUACACUUCUCAUGAUUUCCCAUGUUUGCGCAAAAAAAAAAAGCCAGAUUCUGAGUAUAGAGUUAACACAUGGUUUCAUAUUGGUUUCUCUAGCAGAUUAGAUUCAAGGGCAAAUUAUUUUAGAUAAACUAUUUGUGCAUUUGUCUGCUCAGUUUGCUUUUCCUUUUACGAGCAAGUCAGAUAUAUGAUUUCAUUUUACUUCUAACCAGAAAAUUAUAUUUGGGUCUUGUCCUCUACUUUCAAAGCCAUGGACUGGUUGUUAAAUGUUUUAUCUUUGUAAAUUGUUAUUGUCUAUGUCUUCUGCUGGUCUGUCCAGGGGAAAAAAAAAAUAAACCCUUGAACCUUUGGCUUAAGAGAAGGGAGAAGCAAAAAUAAUCUUUAGAGUACAAGUGGCACAUUUUGCUCAGUGGUUAGUUUUGGAAUAUAUGCUUUGGUGUAUGUAUUGGUGACAUUACAAUGUUUGAGACACAAGCAAAACCUUUGUUAUGGAAUUUGGCUCAGUUGGAUGUAUGUUAUAUGUAUAAACAUACAUACACUCACACAUAAAAACUAGUACUUGAAACCUAAAUUAAAGAUUUCACAAUUACGCUUUCACUCAUUUCAAUUGAAUGCAGGACUUGGUAGGCAUUUCCUAUCUAAUGACAAGAAAAAUAAAAAACACAUUUAAUAUGAAGUCAUAAAAUUGUUGAAAUAAUUGGACUAUCUGUAUGUUUCAGAAGAGUUACAACUCUUACAAAACUUAUUUUUUGGCCCUUGUGGCAAGGAUAGCAUCUAGAAUUUGACAUUAGAAGAGAUGGUUCUGCCAGACACUGAGCAUUCUUGCCAGCGUACUCCCCACCCCUGGCCUAAUAACAUUAUAACACCUAUUUUUGUACAGAAUACAUGUCGCAUGAUGGUUGAAAGAUUAUCUUCCUUCAUUUGCAUUGACUGCUGUAUUCUCUACUACUAGAUGUUAACAGGACCUACAACUUUUGGUGGAUGACAGAAUGAAGUUCUAGUAAUGUCUAUAAGCCUUGGAAAAUCUUUGCAUAGUUCUGAAGAUGAUAAAUGAGUGGCGUAGACAUAGGGCAGGAUAGAAAUGCUUUUAGAUAACUUUUGUUGACAUAUCUAAAAAUUAACCUACACGUGUUGUAAAUAGAAAUAUUUUUUCCCAGAGAGUAUCCAGAAUACUUCAGGGACAAAUCUUUUUGAGAGCAUGGGUAAGCAAUCAAAAAGAUUCUAUGAACCUGGAUUUAAAAAUAAUUCCUAUUGGUUCAAUGGAAUGUAGCUCUUAAUAAAUGUAUCAGGAGAUAUUUAGGCCAGCAAGAAUUCACUUCCUGAUUUUCCAACAUAAUUUGGUGCUUUGAUCUUUUUGUUUUGUUUCUUUUUUUUCCAAUCAUCAUAAUAAGAGUAUAAAUCAGAAUAUUUUUAGUUAAUUAUUUAGAACCAGAAAGUUGAAAAUUAAACACUUUGCCACAAAGUCACUGUCUUAACUUCAUAAUAAUCCCAGAAUAUUUAGGACUGGUCACUUAUAUAUCAAGGUGAUUAAUAGUCUAAUAAUUGUUUCUCUGUUAUUGAACAAACCUGAUUUAGAGAAUAAAUCUAAAUAAGGAAUUGUAAUAUGCCUUGGAAACUUAAUGUGGAGCUCAUGCAAUAUUUUGAUUUUAAACAUGAUAAUCUUCUGCUGACUUACUUUGAUGAACAAAUGGCCAGUAAUCACCUCUAGCAAGUGAAUCUUUAUGUGUUAUAUUAUUAAGCCGUUUCCAUUCUAAAAUUAAUUAUUAUGGUAAAUUCAUUUCCUAUAGCAAAGUAAGUAUCAUAAAAUAUGAAUAUUAAUUCUCUUACUCUUGCUGGCAACAGCUAAAACUUUGCAAAGCACUUCAUAAGUUGUGCCUUUCCUUUUUUUAUAUCCAAUUUUACCAGGGUGCAUGGCAUAGACUUAAAAGGAAACAUAUGUAAAGGAAUUGCAUAUGAAGGUUCCUUUUUAGAUCCAUAUCAUUCUAAAUAUUGAUAUGUAAAGAGAUACUUUCUGGAGAGGGAUGCAGCAAAGCUGUACUCAUCCAGUGUGAUUGCAAAAGUUAUUUUUUGAACUGCUAAAUUUCCAAGGAAAAGCAUUUUGGGACAAAAAUAGUAGUGAGUAUUUUAUUUCCUCUUUUAUUUUCUUUAUAGUAAAGUUAAGCCAAAGACGGAACAGCAUUCAAGUGUGGACCAAUUUGCAAAAAGAGAAGUUGAAAAAGUUUCUAGCUAUGUUGACUGUCUAUUUGUGUGUGUAAUAUCUACUUUGCAAUUGGUACUACACACUAUUGGUAACUUCCCAAUAUUCCCAAUAUUGGGAAUAUUCACUUCCCAAUAUUCUUUUAAGAGGGAUAAUUUGUUCUGUAAUGUAACAAAUUGUGGCAUUUUUGACGAGAAAAGUAACCCUAAAUAAUAGUUUUUAGACAAGAUUGAGUAAUGGACAAAAUGGCUGCAUUGAAUUAGCAGGGUGAUUAUUGUUAUUUUGUUAGGUUCAAGAGGACCUAUUGGAAAAUAAGGACAAACAAUAUAAUCAAUUGCAAAUGGUUCUAAGGCAAGACUGGAAAUAGCAAGGCUAGUGAGGAUCCUGAAAUAUAUAGGCUUUUAUAUAGUAUAUUUGAUACUGAAGACUUGCCAAUAUUAAUCCAGUGCAUGAGCACUAAACUUAAUUGUAGACUUGCUUAGAUACUGUUUAGCUCUAUAAAUUGACCAGUCACAUUUAGUUCCUAGAUUAAAUGGCAUGAACAAUGCAUGACUACCACAAAAACUAUAACAAGCGUUGAACAAUUGAGUGUCUGCAUACACACAUCAAUUGCUGACGUAGCUAGAAUUGUUUGAAUCAUAUAUGUAUUCUGGACAAACCCAUUAGUUAAUAUUACUAAUGACCUGUCAAAUCAUCUUGACUUAAACAGGUGAAAGAAAAACAAUUUAAAAUGACUUUUAAACUAAUUAAAAACAGGGUGAGAUUUAAAAUAAGUUGCCUUAAACUUUCCAUUCAAAUGUAAAGAUCUAUAGCUCAGUAAAAUAAAUGUUAGUUUGUUCGACUCUUCUAUGAAACCACAAGAAACAUUUUGCUUAUAUAAGGGGUUUCCUUCCCCCCCCCCCAAAGUUCUUCUGUAUGUCUGAGUUUAUCCCCUGGCUUGAUUUUAUUUUAUUAUUUGUUUUCAUUUAGAUUUCAGAAAAAGUAGGCAAACUGCCCUGAAUCUACAUGUGUAAAUCCUCCUAUUUAAAUCUGUUUUAUCAUUAAACAAAAGGUCUUGGUGUUGAGGCCUAUAUAUGAUACUGUUGAUAAAUGUAAUAAGGCAGCAUAUGCAACAGAAAUCUCAUCAAACAGCACUGAGUGUUUAAAAGAAAUGUAUAAGGGCUUACUUUCACUGCAUUCUCCCAGAUAAUGCAUAUGAUGUGGUCCUCUUGUACAGAUGCUGGUUGUCUGUUUUCCAUGUAUAGUUGAGAAGGCUUCCAAAUGCACUGGUAACUUUCUAUUUUCUGUGCAGAACUGUUGAUUGAUUGCAAUAAAAUGUUUUGUCUAGACCUCUCCAUAAUAGUUGCAUUUGAAAAUUUAAUUUUGGGAUCAACUGAGACUUCAGACAUGCUACGUUAACCUUCCUCAAGCCAAUAGAAGGUACUUCCAGAUGUUGCUGGACAUCCCAUUCUGGGAAUCCAAUACUUCUGGAGGGCACUAAUUUGAAGAAAGUUGUCUAAUAUAAAUAAAUUUAGGGUUGGCCAUUGCAUUUCCAAAUUGUAUUUUGAAUAUGAUUACACAAGGUAAUUAAAAAGAAUGUAAGUUUAUAAAGCAGAUGGCUUUUCCUACCAUUAACGCUGCUUGUUUCCUAUUAUCAUUUCAUUUUGUAUUCUUUCAUUCCAGUCUCUUUAUGAGAUACAAUAUUAGGGCUACACAUAUCUAUCCUGUCUAUUUCCGUCGUAAGAGCUCAUGCUUACCAUCCUUUCAAUACAUUAUUAUUGGUAUAAACGGAGCAAGAAAAAAAUGCAACCUUCACAGCACUUCCAUAUAAAAGGUGUCUGUUUUAGUACCUUCAACAAAAAAAGUUUUCACUUAAGAAAUACAAAGCCCUUUUUCUUCAGCAGAUUUUCAAGCAUUUAUUAAUGUACAGCAUGCGUAUAUAUACUACGAGGAGGGAAAGGAAGGGAAUCAUGUUUGAAGUAAGUAGCUAAUCUAUAUGCAGAGCAGUUGGGACACAGCUGUAGGAAACAACGCUUGUUUCCAAUCCUCAGAACCUUAUUUGCUUCCAUGGGUCGUGAAGAAAUAGGAAUGUCUUGAGAAUUGGACUGUCCCAUAUGUGAAGUGGCUUCCCAGUCAGGAAGCAUGCAAUUGUCAUGCAGCUGAAUAUUUGGCACAGGAGGAUUAUAGGACUACAAUUUAAGAUGAACAGGGAACAAAAAUAACUGUGAGUUCACAAUCAUAAGAGGGUAUCUUUGACGAGUGCUUUGAAAGAGAUGGCCUAGAUACCAUAUGCUUAAAAUCAUGUACAAUUAUGUAUAAAGUUCUAUAUGUUGCCAAGACAUGAUUUUUUUUUGUUCUUACUGUAUUUUCUGUAAAUAAUCCUAGCACUAAAUUGUAAAGGUAGACUGUAAAUACAAAGAUGUGAAGCUGUGCUCCUCUGUCUCUAGUAUUUUAUCUCUUGUUUAGAGAAGGCACAAAGGCUUGUUUGUAUUUAUGCCAACUCCUUGUCCAGAAGAAACACAUCAGAUACUGAAUGUAACACAAUUAGUCAAAUAAAUUUUAAAGAUUAUUCUUAUGUA